AUGGCAGCGUCAGUAAAAUUGCACUUACAAUUUGGGGGCGGAGCAGAAUUGCUAUUUGACAAAAUAAAGAAGAGAGAAAUUGAAUUGCCAGCAUUGAAAAAAUAUUUCCCGGAUUGUCAACAUGAUAAAUGGAAUAUCAGGGAUUUGUUGGUUUGGAUAAAAGAUAACCUUUUGCGAGAGAGACCAGAAUUAUUUUUACAGGGUGAUUCAGUGCGGCCAGGAAUUUUGGUUUUGAUAAAUGAUGCUGACUGGGAAUUGUAUGGAGAGCUUGAUUACGAAUUGCAGGACAAUGAUACAAUAAUGUUUAUAUCUACUUUACAUGGAGGAUAA